AUGGAGAAGAAGGCACUGAAGAGUUCGAAGUCUAAGCAAUCCCUGAAUUCUAAGGUAUCCUUCAAAGUCUGCAAGAACAGGGUUGCUGGAAUCAAGAAGAAGGCAAUGGAGCUCGCAUUGCUGUGUGAUAUACCAGUUUGUGUGGUGAUCAUUGAGCCUAGUGGCAAAAUCCAAACCUGGCCUGAGAACCACAAUGAUGUUCAAUCUGUUAUUGACAAGUAUUCUGAAAAAGAACAAGCUCGAUCACUGUCAGCCGAGAACAGAGAGCACCCUCUGGAGAAGUCAACAGAUGGAGAAAUUGAUCCUGUCGAGUUGGUUAAGAUAUUGGACAGUAAAAUUGAAGCAAUCAAGAACAAGAUUGAGGAAAGGAUGGUUAAGGAUGGUGCAGCGGCAAUAAAUGUUGCUGAAAUUGAUAAGAUGGAUAAUGCUGUUGAUCUUUUCGACUUUGAUCAGUAUGAAGUUGACAAUGCUGCAGAGUAUCUUGAUGCGAUUGAUUUUCUCGAUCAAGAAGAAACUGAAAACCCUGGAAAGGUUCUUGAUUUUGUUGAUCUUGACCCUGAUCAGGAUGAAAAAACUUCUACUGCAGAGUAUCUUGAUGCUAUUGAUUUUCUCGAUCACGAAGAAACUGAAAACCCUGGAAAGGUUCUGGAUUUUGUUGAUCUUGACCCUGAUCAGGAUGAAAAAACUUCUACUUUGAUUCAGUCGCCUCAUCAGGAGGAAAUUUCGCAGAAAAGAAGAUUUCUUGGAAGUGGGUUUUCUGAUUGGGAGGAGUCUUCCACUGAUUUUAGUGAUUGGGACCAACUCUGCACUGAUUGGGAGAAAUUUUCCGGUGAUUCUGGUGAAGGGGCUGAAGUUUCUACUGAUUUUGAGGUGAGGCGCCAAUUCCCAAUUGACUCUGAUUUUGAUAUGCUGCCCCAAUUGCAGAACAGCGAUCCAAUUGGUUCCAGUUAUGAAAACCCCCUCCGUACAGGGUAUGAAUUUCCACAAAUUCCUUUGGAAACAGACAUUGAAAUGGAUGAUCCCAUGGCAGAACUUUUGCAGUUUGGAGAUUUCCUGAGUGGCGAUGCUGGAAAUUCAGACUUUUCCAUUCCUCUUAUGGCUGGAUUUUGA